AUAAUACAUGUAGAAAUUGCUUAUCAAUUGAUGCAAGCUCUUCCACUUCUGAUUUUGUUACCACCAAUGAAGAUAGUGCCAAGAGAAUACCAGUUUGGGUUGAAAACCACGUCAAGCAGUUAUAG